AUGGACGUGAAGAGAAAUCAGAACCCUCCUGUGAUUGCCAUCACCAAAUUCCUUCAGUCUGGUUCAAUUUCUUUUCACAGAGAUAUUGUUCUUGCUUCUCAUAUAAAGCCAUUAGAGAAGGGUGACACUCUGCAAAAUGUUACAUUUGAUGUCAAAUGGAAUGCUCAUGCAGAAAACAGUAAAGCAAACCCACAAAGUUCCCACGCAUCUGACAUUAAAAAGAGUUCCAAUCUACCAAAAGACAGUCAGGAGUUUACACGAGAUUGGAGGCGAUACCACAAGUCAACAUCUGAUCAGUAUAACUUCCUGUUAGAAAUGGGCGGAGCUCAGUUGGCACAUAUUUUUAAAACAGACAUUAAUCUUCUAGGAGAUUUUUUGAUAGCACUUGAUUCAGAAUACAAAGAUCAAGAUGGUGAAAAAGUGACCGAGAUUCUAGAAAGUUUGUGUUCAGCUAAGAGAUUUGUCCUGUCUUUUCAGUUCCUAAGUGGAAAAGAGAAGAAGGCUUGUGAAUCAUUGAUAUGUAAAUUAGAAAAAUCAAGUGAAGAUUCUGCCUGGAAAGAGAGGAUCGGAAAAUUAAAAUCCUCUUAUCAUUUGAAAUAAAUAUGUUCAAUCCUU